CUAUGUGUGACUGACUGCUCCACCCACACGCCUGCGUUGAGAAACCGAUUUUCAUCGGUAGGGUCGCAUUCAAAGGGUGUUUCUCCGUUCCUAUUCGGACUGCGACUUCCCCGACUGAGUUUAUGGUCCUUUUGUCAUAGACAUUUUGAAGUAUGGCUGGAGGUAAAGAACACUCCAGAAUUUGACUUGAGAUCUCAACCAACAGUUUUCAACCGAAAAGGGUUUCUCACACCAUCCUCCAUCUUAACUUCCGUCAGAGAGGUAGAUUGUGAGUCAGCUUCCCAAUGAACUGGGCAUUCCUCCAGGGCCUCCUCAGUGGGGUGAACAAGUACUCCACGGCAUUCGGCCGUGUGUGGCUGUCCGUUGUCUUCCUCUUUAGGGUCAUGGUGUUUGUCGUGGCAGCAGAGAAGGUGUGGGGGGAUGAGCAGAAGGACUUCCAGUGCAACACGGCCCAGCCUGGCUGCCAUAAUGUCUGUUACGACCACUUCUUCCCUGUGUCCCACAUCCGCCUAUGGGCCCUGCAGCUCAUCUUUGUCACCUGUCCCUCCUUCAUGGUGGUGAUGCACGUGGCCUACAGAGAUGAACGUGAGCGCAAACACACGCUCAAAUAUGGCGAGGGCUGUCGGAAACUUUACAAGAACACCGGCAAGAAGCGCGGGGGGCUGUGGUGGACCUAUGUCCUGACCCUGAUCUUCAAGAUAGCCGUGGACGGCACCUUUGUGUAUUUAAUCUACCAUAUCUACGAGGGCUAUGACUUCCCCUCUCUCAUCAAGUGUGAGCAGAAGCCCUGUCCCAACAAGGUGGACUGCUUCAUCUCUCGCCCCACAGAGAAGCGUAUCUUCACCAUUUUCAUGGUGGUCACCAGCCUGGCCUGUAUCCUGCUAUCUUUCUUUGAGAUCCUGUACCUGGUGGGGAAACGAUGUAAAGAGUGUUUCACCCAGAUACGCCAAUCACGCAACUCCACCAUCCAGUCACGCCAGGUGGUCAUGGCUACAUCUCUGGUGAUCGGUGGCAAGAAUCAAAUGGAGUCCAACUCUCUAAAGUUGCCCAGCAAGGAUGCCUCAGCCCCAUCUUAUACUCAAGGUUGGGGAGUAACUGAUUACAUGUAAUCAGUCACAUGUAACCUGAUUACUAAAAAAAAAAAGGUAAUCAAUUACAUUACCAACAAAAAUAUUGUAAUCAGAUUACAGAUACUGUUGAUUACUUUUACAUUUAGAAAAGAUUUUUGGCAAAAGAAAAUACAUGAACACCUUUCUGUUUUCUCAAUGACAUUCAAUUCAGCAUUGAAAAAAGGUUUCAAGUUUAAGUUUGUUCCACCUGAGCGAGUCUGACCACAAGUGAAAGACCACUAUGAUGACACACCAAAAAGAGAGAAUGUAAAGAAGUCGAAUAACGAGUCUGGAGGCAAUGAGAAGUAUCUUCCAUUUCUCUUCAGGAUAGGCAAGACUUGGCCAGAGUUCUUCAUUGUUCCUCUGUAGGCAGUGUUUACUUUUGUGUUGAUGACCGGUGUUUCCCCUCCCCCCCACUCCCGCACACUGACUCGGUACCGGUACACCCUGUAUAGCCUCUUUAUUGUGUUACUUUUUUAAAACUUUAGUUUAUUUAGUAAAUAUUUUCUCAACUCUAUUUCUUGAACUGCAUUGUUGGUUAAGGACUUGUAAGUAAGCAUUUCACGGUAAGCUCUACACCUGUUUUAUUCGGUGCAUGUGACCAAUUUGAUUACAACACAAUCAAAUUAAUUCAGUCACUUUAAAUAAAACAUCCAUCAUUAGCAGAGUUUCGCACCAGGGCUGGGCUAUGUGAUAUAUUCUCAAGUUAUUUGUUUUCUGUCUACCACACCUCACAACUUUACCAUUGUUAUUUUUCGGAAAGGACUCAACCCUUGCCACACUGUGCCCACACCAUUGCUGUUCUUAUGCCCUGGGAAGUGUUACCUGUCUCAUCCUCCAUUACUAAUAGCAGAGGCGGCUUUAGGCUUUGUUGUGAAAAGAUGGCGCAUACGUCAAUAUUGUCAGAUGAUGAAAGAUUUUUUGAAUCCUUCUGGAUAUUGAGAGAGUAUUUUUCUGGUCAUGUUGUUUGUCAGUGGGUUAUGCACAACUAUGGCUUGAAUACUGACGAUUCAUUUCUGUGUUCAUGUGUAUGAUAGCUUAUAAAAUACAUGCACUCUGCACAAAGCCAGUAAAGCGUGUUGAUUUGAAUGUGUUUCAGUAAACAUAGUUGUUGAUGAUAUGUCCCAGAAUGUAUAUUACAUGGAUGCAAACAGUGAGGUCCACUUAUAAGUAUAUUUACAUUUUAUCAAAGUACAGUUGCAGUUUAUUUCACUUUUUUGUUUGUAUAUUUAUACAAUGCAAUUUAUGUAUUUUUCAAAUAAAUUUGAUAAAUACAAUGACUGAAGUGCACAACAGACAGUAUUCAAAUGAAGGGUUUUUUUGUUCAAAGAUUCUUAAAUAAGGAUCAAGACCAUGAAUAAAGUCCCUGAGUAUGGUAGGAAAUAUACUUUAUUUCAGAUUAAUCAUAAUUUCUGAAUUAUACAGUAUCAGUCCCAUUUUACUCUUUUGUGACAGCCUUGGAUGGUUUGGUUCUGGGUGCUGAUAUUAGUCCCAUAUCAUCACCAGUGCAUUAGUCACAGCAGUUAUUCAUGAAACUCAUCCUAUAUGGGGACCAGAACAUAUGAAGCACACUCUCAUUGUAUAAGAGGACCUGUCCAUUUGUCAGUGGUGUAAAGUACUUAAGUAAAAAUACUUUAAAGUACUACUUAAGUCAUUUUUUGGGGUAUCUUUACAUUAGUAUUUAUAUUUUUGACUACUUGUACUUUUACCUCACUACAUUCCUAAAUAAAAUAAUUGGCUUUUUACACUAUCAAUUUUCCCUGACUCCCGAAACUACUCGUUACAUUUUGAAUUCUUAGCAGGACAGAAAAAUGGUCCAAUUCACACACUUAUCAGAACAUCCCUGGUCAUCUCUACUGCCUCUGAUCUGGCGGACUCCCUAAACACACGUUUCGUUUGUAAAUUAUGUCUGAGUUUUGCAAUGUGCCCCUGGGUAUCUGUAAAUAAAAUAAAAACAAGAAAA